AUGGAUCCUGCAUUGCUCCUGAGUCAGGCUGCCAGUCCACAUGCUGUGGACUUUCUAUCUGGGAUGUCGGCUCUAAGCUGCUCUGAGAACAACCUGAAGUUUAUCUGUGAGUUUCAGCUCGGGCCCGGUCCACCGCAGGCGCCCGGUGAUGAGGAUUACGAUAUCCAUAUGGAUUGCGAGUCAGUGUCAGUCAUUCUCCCUGCGCAGUGCAGUGUCUACCAGCUGCGGCUACGCAUCUGUAUGCAGGCACAGGAACAAGCUUGCCAUGCAGACCCACUUGCAGUCCUGGACCCAGAGAAAUACACUCUGCUAUAUGCCAGAGGAGAAGACUGGUAUGAAGCCUAUGAUGACUGUCAGGUAAUCAGGACGUUAGACAUUCCAUGGUCAAGUGACGGCACUGGGCGUCUGUUGGCACACGUAGUGGUAAAACCACUCAUGGCAGUUGAUUCGGAAGAGAAGAAGAAACAACAGCAGUUUCUGACUUACCUGUUAGGACACAACCUGGAGAAAGAAGCAUCUGACAGACUUGGUGAGCUCACAUUCACACGCAGGAAACUGGCAUCUCCGAGAAGACAAGAGCUAAAGGAUCGGGAUGACGAGUUCUAUGCCACAGAGCCUUGGAUAACAUGCGCCCCGAUUCCAAAAGACCUCCAGGACCAGCUAAACAGAAAUCUCCCUGUUUCCUUCCAUUACAUGAGCAAGAUCAGCUUCAGUAUACAGGUGGAUUUUAGUACCACACCAAAGGUUCUUCUUGACAUUUUUAAAAAUGUGAUAGCAGACCAGGGGCUUGAGUAUGACACUUCCGAUGGUCUGGUGUUGAAAGUCUCUGGGAGGGAGGAGUUUCUAUCUGGAGACUACCCCCUGAGCAAUUUCAUCUGGGUUCGACAGUGCCUGAAAACCAAUCAAGAACUCCACCUCUCUGUGGUCCCUGUGUCGAAGCUUGUCAAUGAGACUGUCAAGUUUGUGGAUUGGCCACUUGUUGACGAUUCCAGUGGCCAGUUCAGCUCCCACAAUGAUCUUUGCCUUGAAGGGAAGGAUUUGGAUGACAUCUUCAUGAUAUCCUUGUGGGACUGCAACAGAAGACUCCGAGUGAAAUUGCUUGGCUUUGACAUCCCAAAACUUCCAAACAAAUACCCUCAGUCUGUUUAUGUAAAAGCCUCCAUACUUUAUGGUAACAAGGUUGUCAGUUCGGUGUCCUCCCUGCCCAAGCCCGUUGCAGAUGAAGUGCUGUGGAAUGAGUGGCUGGACUUUGACGUUCUCCUCAGGGAUCUGCCACGUGGAGCCAAGCUGGCUUUCACUAUUAAUGCUAGUGGUGGUGACAUCUCCUCUGUAACCAAAGACCCAAAGCCGCCAGCAACCAAAGACUCAAAGCUGCUAUCGUCUUCAAUCAAUAAGCCAUCAGACCUACAGAAAGGAAAGGGCAAGGUGCUCUACUUUGUCAAUCUUCUCCUGAUUGAUCACAGGUCCAUCCUUAGCCAGGGCCCCUACACCAUGCAUAUGUGGUCCUACCCUGACCUGGAGGAAGAGGCCAUCACCUACCAGGCAGACAAGCUGUCCUCUGCUACUAACCCAGACAUAGCUGACUCCAUGGCUAUCAGCUUCCUUCUGGACCGCUACAGCUUCCCUGUGGUUCUGCCAAAUCGCUUCAGCCCCUCUGAAUGUUCUGGUAAUCAAUCCUCAGGCCUCACCCCGACCAAAUCUACUGCUUCGAAUGGACUCUCCUCCUCGGCCUCAUCAGCCUCCUCACCUCCUUCCAGCACAGAUUCUUCCUCUCUGCCUGGGAAACCUCUCCAGGACUCAUUGACUGACACUCUAAUUCUCAGAUCAGUCAACGGCACCAGCAGGGAUUGCCUCAAAAGGUUCCGGGAGGAGAGCAUCCGCUACGCCUCAAAUCUUCCCCAUUUUCUGCGCAGUGUUGAUUGGAUGAACCGUACAGUGGUUGAGGAUGUCCAUUGGCUUCUGGAAAACUGGGAUCCUUCAGAACUGGAUGUAACAGUGGCCCUGGAGCUGUUAAGCAUGGACUUUGCUGACGUGAUGGUCAGGAGACUAGCAGUCCAGAGAUUGGAGAGCCUGUCUAAUGAUGAUGUAUUGAAGUAUUUGCUGCAGCUGGUGCAGACCCUCAAAGUGGAACCUUACCAUGACAGUUUCCUCGCUCGGUUCCUCAUCCAAAGAGCUCUGCGGAGCAAGAGAAUCGGCCACUUCUUCUUCUGGUAUGUCCGCAGUGAGGUGGCAGGGUGUCCGUACUUUCGCCAACGCAUGGCUGUGAUUCUGGAGGCCUACCUGCUGGGCUGUGGUCAGGCCAUGCUGGACAGCUUCAGCCUGCAGGUCCAGGCUGUGGAGGCACUACAGGAAGUUGCUAUAACGAUUAAAAAGCUUUACCCCGACAAGACAGACCUUCCUCCCACAGCUCCUCUCAGGCUUCAAGAGUUUCUUAAAAACUCUAAUCUGCCAGAUGAAUUCCUGUUGCCCUUUGACCCCCGCAUCAAAGCUGGAAGGAUCCUGCUGGACAAAUGCAAGGUGAUGGCCUCUAAGAAGAAGCCGCUGUGGCUGGAGUUCUCUCCCAUGCCGUCGCCCAGUUCAUCUACACCCGUCGGAGUAAUCUUCAAACAGGGCGACGACCUCAGACAGGACAUGCUGGUCAUUCAGACGCUGGUGUUGAUGGACUCUAUCUGGCAGGAGAAGUCUCUGGACCUUAACCUUGUUCCGUACGGCUGCAUCUCCACAGGACACAAUAUAGGUAUGAUUGAGAUUGUGAGGAAUGCAGCCACCAUCGCUGCAGUCCAGAGGAACCAUGGAGGAACGACAGGAGCCUUCAGAAACGAUGCUCUGUUUGAGUGGCUCAAGUCCAAAUGUCCACUCCAGGAAAUACACUUCAGGACUGUGGAGACAUUUGUGAAGUCCUGUGCUGGUUACUGUGUGGCCACCUAUGUAUUGGGUAUAGGAGAUCGACACAAUGACAACAUCAUGAUCACGGACCAAGGGAACCUGUUUCACAUCGACUUUGGUCACAUCCUGGGUAACAGGAAGCACUUCCUUGGCGUGAGCCGGGAGCGUGUACCAUUCGUCCUCACACCUGACUUCCUGCACGUCAUGGGCAGGGGCAAAGGGCGCAACAGCCUCUACUUUCAGCGGUUCAGGGACACUUGCACCCAGGCAUACCUCUCCCUGCGCUCGCACUCUCGUCUGCUGGUCACUCUUUUCUCCCUCAUGCUCCUGACGGGCAUCCCAGAGCUGAGCGCUGCAGAGGACAUGCGCUACCUGCGGGUGGCGCUGAAGGAGGAAGAGUGUGAGGCAGAGGCCAAGGAACAUUUCCUCCAGCAAAUCACCCUGUGUGAGCAGCUGGGCUGGACCGUGCAGGCCAACUGGUGGAUCCACAUGGUGGCAGGAAUCAAGUAGACUGCUGGAGAUUUUAAAUGUUAAAGCAUGCUGGCUCAGGGCUGAAGGUGGGCAAAUGUCUAUGUGUAACUUUUAGUUUUUUUCUUUGUUUAUGUAUUUGUAUAUUUAUAGGUUUUCCAUGGCUUUUAGCACAUAAAUUAAACACUGCAAGCAUGAUGGUAUGUUGAGAGGCGAUAAAUGAAUAAAAUGUAUGUAUUUCACAGUUUAUUUCAUACAAGAGAUGAGAUGAAGACCAUGAUG